AUGUCCUUCUCAAGCCAUACCCAAAAGAGCACCAAAAGACCUUUGCCACUGGAAAAUAUUAUGCCACCACAAGUUCCACGAAACAAUUACUUGCAUUUUCAGGAAGAAAAGCAAAGACUCCAGUUAAAGAAAUUCCUUCUUGAUAGGAUGUUCCUAGUGGCCAUGACAAGAGACAACAUAGAAAAAAAAGAUGUCACUGAAUACUAUGAGCAAGUGUUUCAGUCAAUUGCAAAACCUCACAUAGGAGAAGCAGUAACAGGAUUGCUGCUCAUAUAUCGUACUUUCAUUCUGCAUAUCCUUGAGUCUUCCAGUGGUAGUCUUUAUCGUAUUCUUUUAGAUUAUAUUAACCAUAAAAAGAAUAGAGGAGAAUAUUUUAUCCAAGGGAUGAAAAUUAUAGUCGUGUCCCAUAACAUCCCAACAAGGAUCUUCAUGCAAUGGCAUGUUGUGGUCAUCAAAGUGCCAGUCAUGUAUCUGGACGAUGUGACACAGUCACAGUCCCUGAAAGAGGUCAUCACUGAGUUUCUCACCCAGACGCAUAAACUAGCACUCUACUUUUUUAAGACUCUUAAAGUGGGCGUAAAGGGACCGGGCGAGAGCUUGCACCAACCUGCACCUGAAUUACUCCUCCCAGAACAAAUAAUUAAGUAUUUAUACAAAUCUGAAGAAUUCAUGGAACCAGAAACUUUCAUAAACAUGUAUAAUAGACCCAUUCACGUCACUUUGGAUACUGAGGUGGUGUGGCCUGCUCCUUCCCGUUUCUAG